UGGUGUUUCCGGGAAGAUGGCGGCUGUUGAAGCAGCUGCGGAGUCGGUAACGGCGGUGGCGACCGUUGGGCCAAGGGCAAAGGUGGAAGAGGAGGAAGAAGAGGAGACGCCGCCACCGUGCGAGGCGGUGCGCUGGGCCCCGGUGGGGGCGGUGGCAGAGGCCGGGCCUGGGGCGGCUGCGUUUGUGGAAGAGGCGGCGGCCGAUGAGCCCGGCACGGCCCCAGGUUCUCCGCCUGACUCGCCUGGCCGGACGCUGCGGCGGCUGCGGGCCGAGCGGCGGCGGCUGGACUCAGCAUUGCUCGCGCUGUCCUCGCACUUCGCGCAGGUGCAGUUUCGCCUGCGCCAGGUGGUGCGGGGGGCGCCGGCGGAGCAGCAGCGCCUCCUGCGCGAACUCGAAGACUUCGCCUUCCGUGGCUGUCCUCACGUCCUGGGUUAUGAGGGGCCUGGAAACUACGCCAGCGACGAGGGCGACAGGCUGCCAGGGGACCGGCCAUGGUUGCGGAGCGAGGACCAGAGUGAGCAAGAAAGACAAGAGCGUCUGGAAACACAAAGGGAGAAGCAGAAGGAACUGAUACUGCAGCUCAAAACCCAGCUAGAUGACCUGGAAACAUUUGCCUAUCAAGAAGGCAGUUAUGACUCCCUGCCACAGUCUGUGGUCUUGGAAAGACAGCGGGUGAUCAUAGAUGAGUUAAUAAAGAAACUGGACAUGAACCUGAAUGAGGACAUCAGUUCCCUGUCCACUGAAGAGCUUCGUCAACGUGUAGAUGCAGCCGUGGCUCAGAUUGUUAACCCAGCCCGAGUCAAAGAACAGUUGGUCGAGCAGCUGAAAACUCAGAUCCGGGACCUUGAGAUGUUCAUCAACUUUAUCCAAGAUGAAGUAGGAAGCCCCUUGCAGACAGGUGGUGGACACUGUGAGUGCAAGGCUGGAGGGAACACAGGAAAUGGCUCCACCCGGGCAAGCAGCAGCAGACUGCCUCCUGGAAACAGCAAAACAAAAGCGGAAGAUGUGAAGAGAGUCCGGGAGACAGGGCUGCACCUGAUGCGGCGAGCUCUGGCAGUGCUCCAGAUCUUUGCUGUUAGCCAGUUUGGUUGUGCCACAGGCCAGAUCCCGCCAACCCUGUGGCAGCAGGGCCAGGCUGACAGAGACUACUCUCCCUUACUGAAGAGGCUGGAGGUGUCAGUGGACAGAGUGAAGCAGCUAGCCUUGAGGCACCAGCCUCAUGACCAUGUCAUCACCUCUGCUAACCUCCAGGACCUCUCUCUAGGAGGCAAGGAUGAGCUGACCCUGGCAGUACGGAAGGAGCUGACAGUGGCUGUGAGGGACCUGCUGGCCCAUGGACUGUAUGCUUCCUCCUCAGGCAUGAGCCUCGUCAUGGCCCCCAUUGCUUGUUUGCUGCCAGCCUUCUCCUCGGCUCCUGAGACCAUGCACCCCUGGGAGCUCUUUGUAAAGUACUACCGUGCUAAGAAUGGCCGUGCUUAUGUGGAAUCUCCAGCCCGGAAGCUCUCCCAGUCCUUUGCCCUGCCUGUUACGGGAAACACUGCUGUGACCCCUAAACAGAGCCUACUAACAGCCAUCCACAUGGUGCUGACAGAACAUGACCCUUUUAAGCGCAGUGCAGACUCGGAGUUGAAGGCCUUGGUGUGCAUGGCACUGAAUGAGCAGCGGCUGGUGUCCUGGAUGAACCUCAUCUGCAAGUCGGGGUCACUCAUCGAGCCCCAUUACCAGCCAUGGAGCUACAUGGCGCACACAGGCUUUGAGAGUGCCCUCAACUUGCUUAGUCGUCUCAGCAGCCUGAAGUUCAGCCUCCCUGUAGACCUGGCUGUGCGCCAGCUGAAGAAUAUCAAAGAUGCCUUUUGAUGAGAAUGGCCUGCUCCUACACCAGCGCCUUGUUCAGUAAGGAUAGAUGUGUUAGUCUUCUAGUAUAGGAGCAAGGAAUAGGAGGAGGGGUAAAGACAUUUUUCCUAGACCCUGCUUAGGUGUCAGUGAAAUGAGUGUAAAAUCCAUUGUCCCCACCAAAUUAGCAUCUUGAAAAGAUGUGCCGAAAACCUUCUUGUUAAGAAGGUUCUUAGCCAGGCGUUGUGGCAGGCGCCUGUAGGCCCAGCUACUU